GAAAUCAUUUUGGUCCCCCUUGUGGUCAGACACUGCUACUGAGCUUUUUCGUUAUUUAUCUAGCUCAGGCUAACUCCUCCUAUCGCUUUUUAACUCCGUCUUUAACACCAUUUAAUAUAGCAUCGGUUGUAGCUAACUGUUAAAAACAACGAGUGGUUUCUGCUCGCGGUCUUUGCUGCGAUUAGUUUUAUUUCUGCUAAGCCCGAGCAGCUCUGCUUCAGGUUAGUUGAACUUUGACACAGUGAACAUUGCUCAGAGGCUGCCCCCAAAAACUAAACACUCCUUGUGAAUUAUUCGCACGCUGCCGUUAAGGUUUUUGUUGCUCUUCAUUUAAAGCUCUUGCUAACAACUCAAAGAGCGGCUGCUGACCCCAGGAUGACCUCCAGAAAAGUUGUGGAGUUGUUCUACGAUGUAGUUUCUCCGUAUUCAUGGCUUGGUUUCGAGGUCAUGUGCCGCUACAGAAACGUUUGGAACAUCGACCUCAAACUGCGCCCUGCGUUUCUGGGUGGCAUCAUGCACGGAGCGGGCAACAAGCCUCCUGGUUUGGUUCCUAACAAGUUCGCGUACAUGACAAAAGAUCUCAACCGCUUGGCAGAAUACUUCAGUGUCCCCUUGCAGUCGCCUGCUGACCCCUUUGAGGUCAUGUUCCAGAAAGGCAGCUUGGCUGCAAUGCGAUUUGUGGCAGCAGUGCAAGAAAAAGAAAAGGAUGGAGAGAAGGUGGUGAAUGUGUCCCGUGAGCUGUGGAGAAGAAUCUGGAGUGAAGACAAAGACAUCACUGAACCUGCGUCGCUGUCUGAGGCAGCAGUGAAAGCUGGAUUGUCUGAAAGUGAGAUAAAAGAACUGUUGGCCAUGUCCACCUCAACGCAGGUCAAAGAGAAGCUUAAAAGCACAACACAGGCAGCUCUUGAUUAUGGGGCUUUUGGUUUCCCCAUGAUUGUGUGUCAUGUUGAUGGAAAGCCAGAGAUGUUCUUUGGAUCUGACAGAUUUGAGCUCAUGGCCCACUGCAUCGGAGAGAAAUGGCUGGGACCUCAACCCAGCAAAUCAGCUGCCAAGCUGUAAAAUGAAACCUGUUUUCAUCUAAAGAAGAUUUGCUCACAGUUUUGAUUUGUCAUUAAGUUCCAUCUUUCAUUUUUCUGGAAUUAAAAUCCCAGUUUUCCAAGUUGUGAAAGGCUCUGUCAGUGGCAGUAACAAGUUUCCAAACUGGUACUGUUGAAAUAUGCGUAUGCAUAUGACUUUUUUUAAAUGUUAGUCAUAAAAAACCCUAAUAACAACAACAACAACAAUAACGAAUGUGGGUGUAGAUUUGGUCACAUGAUGUGUGUCUACCAGGAUCAACCAGUGUUCACAGACCUCAGUGCUCAUAUUUUGACAUAUCAUGUAAUCUACUGCUAGUAUUGUGAUUAAUGCAUCAUACAAUUGUGCUGCUAAUUAUGUGCCUAAUAAAAGCCUUUGAAAUACAAGAAAA